AAUUGGAUAUGAUCUUGCCGAAGAAACAAAUAUUAAAGAAGUAUUCCAAAAUCUAAGUAGAACAUCUGUAGCACAUAUAGAACCAAAUCGUAAUCAAAAUGAUAUAGAACCAAAUUCAGAAUUAUUGAAGUAA